CCCCAGGUUGAACACCUCCGCAUAUCUCGCGUUUGUUGACGAAACAAAGGGAAAGAUUUGGAGGCCUGAGAUCAUGCCCGAUCCGCUGUAUGAUUCCAUACGAGUAGAGCAUGUCGGCAAGGUGUUUGUAACUGCAGGAGGACGAGUCUUGGACGGUAAAAGAUACACUAUCGAAUCAACAUGCUUGAUGACGUUUUACAACUAUCCACACGACAAGCAGGUUUGCAACGUGCCCAUCUAUUUCGCUGGAGGAGAGAUCGCUAGGUGGCAGUUGCCACCUGUAUGGAUGAAGACUGACUCGGAAAUUUCCAUGUCCUUGCAGCAUGUCCGGUCCAUGUUCCAUAUAAACCACGUGGAGUAUCUCAGUUAUAUCGGUAGCAAUGCAAAUCCUGAGGAAACGUGCAUCUACCAGAAGCGGCUGUGCGACUAUGCAGGAUCUGAGAGCUGUUAUCUGACGGAUUUAAAAUGUACGGAAGCAGAGAAUCGAAACAAUUCGCUGUGCAUCAAAUGCAACAACUUCGGAGGGAAAUGUUCUUCGGGAAACACAGCAAACUGUUCUUCAGUUAUAGAAAAAGUUGAUCCUGUCGUCUUGUACUUCUCGGUGCUGGAGAUCAGGUUCAAGUUGACGCGGCGUCUCGGCUACCACUUCCUCCAGACCUACAUCCCGUCCGUGUCUGUAGUCGGCAUGUCAUGGGUCUCCUUCUGGAUCGACCCGGCCUCCGCUCCGGCCAGAACGGGACUCGGAGUGACCACUGUCCUGACCAUGGUCACGCUGAGCGGGAAAGUUAAACCAGCCCCAGAUCUGAACUACAUCCGGGCUAUUGACGUCUGGCUGCUCGGCUGCAAGCUCUUCGUCAUCCUGGCUCUGCUGGAGUACGCAUGCGUCAACUUUACCGUCUCGUCACAAAAGGUCAGUUUUUUUGUGAAAUCCACAGUGUUCACAGUCUCAAAUAUACAGCAAACUUACUUGUGUAUACAUCAGAGUGUAAACAGUAAAGACACUCCUAGACAUUUGAAUCAUCGGUUUUUCGUUAUUUCAGAGAGAAGAGAUGCUUGUCAAUGUCCCCAAACCACCAAGCACGACGGAGAGAAAAUCGGAAGUGACGCACUCCCCACAGGAAGAGCAUGGGAACGAGACUACCUGGAACGACAGGCUCGUUGAGGUGGGCAGGAAGCUCGGUCCCUGCAGGUUGGACCACGUGUCACGUGUGCUCUUUCCUGCCGCUUUCGUUGUCUUCGUUUGUUCAUAUUUUGUUGCAUACAUAUAUUAGUGAGAGAUAACGGUUCAAUCAAGUCAGAAUUAUCCCGAUAGAUGAAAUACCAUCUUUACCAACGCAUGUGGGGUUAUGGAGACGGUUUGUCGUGUAUUAUGGUUAUAAGGGUUAACCUACUACCAUUCUGAGAAACAAAUUUUUGCAACAAAACAGCAGUCUUAUAAUUAUGCUAGACUUUGUACAACAACAAUAGAUUAGAAGAAGCCAAUCACGAACUAUGUGAUCACCAU